AUGCCGAAAUUCCUAUCAAAAGUCCACGCAACCCUCGAAAAUGAACUCGGACACCCAAUCACAAAUAUCACAUCGGCCGUCACAUUCCCCUUCUACGGAUCCCAUGAGAAGGACUUUGAAAACGCUUUACUAUCAGCCGGCCUCGCUCUAUCAGAGGAUACCCCUUCGAUAUACUCGGAAGCAUACGCCACACAUGCCGGAUUAGAACACACAACAUGCGUUUCUGCGACGCUCCCCCACCAACACCAACACAUCCUCGUCCUGGCCUUCGACUCCAGUUCCUUCAGCGCAAGCAUGCACGAAACCAGCUGCUCCCCCUCCAAAACCAACCCACCAACCCCCCACUCCCGCAUGAUCAACUACGUCGCGCGAAACGAUCUCGGUUGGUGGAGUCUCCCCGUCUACGAAGCCCCUCGCGCAAAGUUCUGGGCGAAGCUGCAGGAAGCUGUUGUUCAUGCGGUGGGCGGAUUGGGUGUGCCGCCUGGAAAGAUUGUGCUAUUAGGGAGCCAUGGCCAAGAUAAGGAGUUUGGGGUGCAGGUGGAGCAGGCGCUUUGGAGGGAGUUGGAGGUUGAUGUUGGGGCGUUGCUUGGGAGACGGGGUGGGAAGAAGGAGAAUGAGUGGUUGGCUGCGAGGGGGGCGGCGGGGCUGGGAUGGCGGAAUCAGAGUCGGAGGUGA